AUGGCACCAGCACCUGCAAUUUUGUCCGACAAUGAGAAGUGCCUCAUCGCUGCUCUCAGUCAAUUCGUCUCAGAGGAUAACAAAUUCCCCGCGCUGAACAAUGCCAGGUUGGCCGGAGAUCUAGGGCUUCCCACUCCAAAUGCUGCUCGUGUUGGCUGGGCUCGAUUGACGGCAAAAAUUAAAGAAGGAAAAUUUGGAGAUUUGAAGAUCAUUGCUGAUGCCACAAGAAAAAAGGCUGGUGGAGCUUAUGGGAAGGUCAAGAAGGAUGUAUCUGAUGAAUCUGGCCAAGAAGAGAAGUUCAUGGAAGGAGAAGCGGUUUCCUCAUUUAAUGUCUUUGAAGAUUCGGAUGUGGCCAAGGAACAAUGCAUGAUAUCAAAGAAUGGAGUUACUGGAAUUUUACGGACCUCACUGGGAUAA